UGCAAUAUCUGCAAGCGUAUGGUCGAAGAAGAUCAUAUCUGUGAUUAUGAUAAUAGUACAACAGAUGCUUCCAUACAAACAAAGAGGCCCAGCUGACAUUAAAUUAUUAUGGGCUCAAGUAGAUACUUGUUUAGGUACAGAUCCUGGUAUAAGUCAAGGUAAAUGGAAACAUUUGAGAGAUCGAUUCGUCAAAGAGUAUGGUAUACAAAAUACAUAUACUGCAAGUGGCAGUGCAACCAAAGCAAAGAAAACCAGUACUUGGUAUUUAUAUGAAACGCUAAGUUUUCUUAUUCCAACCAUUAAUUAUAGGAAGACUAAAAGUAAUCUGGAAAACGUGAACCCAAAUAGACAAUCAAUGUCUUCAAUACAAGAUUCGACUCCUAAUACUAGCUACUCACGAGAACAAGACUUAUCGCUACAAACAAGUUACAGAAGUAACAAUAAUCCCGAAAAUAUGAUAGAUAAAAAUUUAUCGCAACAAAGCACACUAAGACCACGGUCAAGUGAAUGUAAGACACCUGUAGAGUCAUCAAGAAUCAACGAAGUGGCUUCGGAAGGAUCAAAUCGCAACAAUAAUAAAAGACUCAUGUCACAGUCCGAGGAUCUUCAAUCACCCAAGUCUACAAAACAUAUGAAGAAGUCAAAUAUACCUGCGAACCCUUGUCUGGAAGAAGCACUUUUGACAGAAUUGAAACAAACUCGACCCACAAAAGAACAGUAUCAAUCAAAACCUGAUAAGAUUGAAAGUUUUGUCAAAUAUAUAGAGGCAUGUCUUCGGGGAAUGACUCCAGAGAUUUCAAAACUUGUAAUGAAACAAAUUUUAAAUUUGUUAUUAGAACAAGAUAUAUAAAAAUUUUUAAAAUG